UAAACUUGAAGAGACUCUUCAGUAAUUUUUUCUUAUUAUUUUUUUUAUGAUCUUUCCAUAACUGAGCUGUUUGAGUUUCACAAGGAGGGAGUCUGCUGGUGCAACUUAACUCUAAAUAAUAAACCAAGCAUCAAGCAAGGCGAGCUAGACAGCCUGAAAUUAGGCUCUCUCGCAUGUUUAUACUUGAAUGAACAGAGGAUUGCUGUAAGCUGGUCCGUCACUGUUGUGAGCCCCAGAACAGCAAUGCUAUUGCGAAACGGGAUUCCUGAGAUGUGGGACCCAUCCCUGUCCUGUGUGCGUCUGCAAUGCUUCAAGAAAGCCGGAUUCGGGGAGUCUAUCAAAGCUCUUAUAAACAUUACUCAAGAGGAUAAGCCCAAAAAGAAAGAAAGAAAGAGAAUAGAACAGAACAAUAGAAGCUAGUCUGAAAGCAAAGCAAGCUCCGAAGAAAACAUUAGAAGCUGCCAAGUCUUCUUAUUCCACUAGAGUCCUUUCAAGGAUCCUUCCAAAUUCUCUUCCAUCACUGAAAUCACAAAAGGCCCUCCAAAUCAGUCCCCACACCCCCUUACCCCGUGAAUCUGCCACAAGAGUUAAUUGCUUCUCCUCUCUCUAUCUCUCUCUCAUGUCCCCACGCACUUGCAAUUGGCUCUUCACAUGUCUUUGUUUGUUCUGAAUAAAAAAAAAAGCUCCUUAACUGUAAUUUACAGUUAGCCACAUCACCAACUCCUCACGGGCACAUUAUAUGGCAAACACAGCCUGUUUCUCUCGAACUAUAUAUAGCAAAUAGCCUUUAGAUGCUCCUCAUAGGGUGUACUUUAAAGUUUAAACCAUUUCGCAGAAGCUUCCUCCUUGCCUCCUUGCCCCCAAUGGGUCCAAUGAUUCUCCUUGUUCUCCUUGCUUCCUUGUUUCCUCACUCCCUCGCUCUGGUGGCUCUACCACCUACUUCCCGAAUCAAAGUAAUGGGUGCUGUUUAUUGUGAUGUCUGUCUCAGCAACAGUUUCACAAACCACAGCUAUUUCUUGCCAGGUGUAGAUGUUCAGCUACAGUGCAGAUUCAAAGCAAACUCGCCUGGAACGGCAGAACAGAUCUCUUUCGCAGUCAACAGAACCACGAACAAAUACGGAGUGUAUGAGCUGGAAAUACCCUCCGUCGAUGGGGUUGACUGCAUAGAAGGUCCUCCAAUCGAGUCAUUGUGUGAGGCAAGCUUGAUAAGGAGCCCAUCUUCAGCCUGCAAUGUCGCUGGGUUUAAGACCACAUCAUAUGAGAUAACGGUGAAAUCAAAACAAGCAAACCUCUGCAUUUAUUGCUUUGAUGCAUUAAGCUACAAACCUUCAGAGAAGGAUGCCAAGUUAUGUGCAAAUUACAAACAGAUCAUGCCAAGGUCCUUUGAUUCCUCCAAGUCAUUUCUCCCUUCUUUUCCACCAUUUAAUUUCACUUGGCCUCCUUUACCACAGCUACCACCUUUGCCCACAAUACCAUUCCCCCCAUUGCCACCUUUCCCAUCUUUCCCCUUCCCACCACCAUCAUUCACAAAACCACCGCCCUUGCCUUUCCCGUUCCCACCUGUUCCUCCUACUCUUCCAAUGCCAGCUCAACCACCUCCUCCGCCUGCAUUUAAUCUGGGAGACCCAGGAACAUGGGCACCACAUCUCCCAACAUUCGCUCCUCCACCUCCCCCUGCAUUUAAUCUAGGAGACCCAAGCACUUGGAUACCCAAUAUCCCUUCAUCCUCUCCUCCUCCCCCUUCCCCAGCGUUUAAUCUAGGAGACCCAAGCGCUUGGAUACCAAAUAUGCCUCCAUCUCCUCCCAAUAGCCCUCCAAAGCAGGAUCCAUGAUAUUGCUCUUUUUCUUUCUUCAUUAAAAAUGCUUGAUAGGUAUUACUCACGGUAACAAAAACUAGUAUGCCAGAAGUGGGUACAAUAUGUACAUACAUGCAUAGUAUGCUUUAUGUAAGUUGUAACCAGAGUCAUAUAUUAGUCUAAAUUAAGUCAUUUUUAUA